GAGACGCGCACGUUUUAUUCAAUUCGUUGUUAUUUACAAAAGUUUCGCGAUUCUUCUUUGGUUACGAGCAUCAAAUGUGCCAAAAUGGUGGAAAAUAUAUCGCUGAAUGUUACUGUGAAGCCGUCGGCUCGAAAAAAUCAACAGAUGUCGCCCGCCCAAUCGGUUAAAAAACGUGCACAGAAAUCCCAGGAUUUCGACUUUCAAUUCAAUGUGGACAAGCCCAAAGUCAAGGCAAUCGUUGUGCGAAAAAGAGCGCCUCCUUCAAAAGUGGAAUCUACAAAUUCAUCAGUUCUCAAUGCCACGAAAUCAUCAACGCCUUCAGUUUCCUCCAGCAAAUCCGCAGUUCCCACUCUUGCAGCUUCCUCCAAAACAACUGCUUCCAACGAUGAUCUUAUGUUCAAUGUUAGCCCAACGAAACCAUCUGCUAAGAGCGUUUUAGGCGACGAUUUCAUGCUAAAUGUUACCACAAAGCCGGUGGUUGCCCAGAAAGCAAAGCCCAAAAUCACGCGAGCCGAAAGAUUGGGCAGGAAACAGAGGCAGGGAAAGCCACUGACGAAGCUCAGCGAGGAGCAGCUGACGCGGGCGCUGAAAAGCCACAAAAAGCCAAAAAAUCCAAAUCAAUUACCCACGCCCGGUGACCUUUUCCGCGCUCAACUGGAGGAGGAGAGGCGGCAAAAGAGUCGUGAAGAGGGAGGAGCGGAUCAGGAAGCCAGCGCAGAUGAGAAGGAUGCAAAGGACAGCUCAGGAGGGGGAUUUCCGAGGGGAAAACCGAGUUCAGUCGGUAAACAGUCCCAAAAGUCAUCAGAUAUUGAGGAAUCCGGCGAAGAAUCUGCAACAUCCGAUAAGGAACCAGAUGAAUCUAGUGCACAAUCCCCUGCACAAGGAGGGGAACCCAAACAAACCACGAAGAAACCAUCGAAAGCCGAGGAAACCUCGUCCACCAACCGUUUUCGCACCAAGAAGAUCGGCCUCUUCGACCAAAGCGACGUGGAGGCACUCAAGCAACUGGGCCAAAGAGCGGUGAAGCCCGUCAAGGAGACUAUCUUUACAGGAUCUAAAAUAUCCACCUUGGGACUGCAUCCUCAUGCUGUGAAGAACCUGGAGGACCUGCUUAGCAUUCGAGAGCUAACUAGCGUGCAGCAGAAGACCAUCCCCCAAGUGCUCCAGGGCAAGGAUGUGCUCGUUCGUUCGCAGACGGGCUCGGGAAAGACCCUGGCAUAUGCUCUACCCUUGGUGGAACUGCUGCAGAAACAACAGCCCCGGAUUAGGCGAAACGAUGGCGUGCUGGCCCUGGUGAUUGUACCCACCAGGGAGCUAGUGAUGCAGACAUACGAACUCAUGCAGAAGCUGGUCAAGCCGUACACAUGGAUAGUGCCCGGUUCGUUGCUAGGUGGCGAGAGCAGGAAAAGCGAGAAGGCCAGGCUAAGAAAGGGAAUCAACAUACUGAUAGGCACAUCUGGUCGUUUGGUGGAUCACCUGCUGCACACGGCCUCCUUCAAGCUGACCAAACUGCAGUUCCUCAUACUGGACGAAGCUGAUCGCCUGCUGGAGCUGGGCUACGAACGCGAUGUCAAGCAGCUGGUGGAGGCCAUUGACAAACAGCGUGCGGAUUGCGAGAACAAGGAUCUUCCCCAGCUGCAAAGGAUGCUGCUGAGUGCCACUUUGACCUCACAGGUCCAACAGCUGGCCGGUUUGACCCUCAAGGAUCCCCUGUACAUAGACAACAGCGACGAAGCGGCGAGUGCGGCGCUGAAGAGCAAGGAUGGCUACCAAAAGGAGACCAUAGAAGCCUUGCUAGAGGUGGACGACGGACUGGGCGAGUACCAGGAGGACGUGACGGGUGUGCUGAGUAUUCCCGAGAACCUGCAACUCAGCUAUGUGGUGGUGCCGCCCAAGCUACGUCUAGUGGCCUUGUCUUCGCUGUUGGCCAAGGAAGUGGACACCAGUCCCAAGCAGUUCAAGGCAAUUGUGUUCAUGAGCACCACGGAGAUGGUGAACUUCCAUCACGACAUGCUAAACGAAGCGUUGACCAGGCGAGUUCUCGACGAGGAUGACGAGCAGGAGAAAGGCGAUUCGGAUGACGACGGCGACAUACCUUUACUGCAGGGUCUGCGUUUCUUCAAACUACAUGGCUCCAUGACGCAGACGGAACGGCAGGGCGUUUUUCGUGGCUUUCGCGAAUGCGCCAGCUGCGUCCUGCUGGCCACCGAUGUGGUGGGUCGUGGCAUCGAUGUUCCCGACAUUAAACUGGUGGUGCAGUACACGCCGCCGCAAACCACCGCCGAUUUUGUUCACCGCGUGGGUCGAACGGCUCGAGCGGGCCGAAAGGGCAGAGCCGUGCUCUUCCUGGCGCCUAGCGAGGCCCAGUUCGUGCGGCAUCUGGAGAAGAAGCGCAUCCGCAUCCAGCAAGGCGACAUGUACGCCUACCUGCAGACCCUGCUGCCCAAGGACGAUGAGGCCAGGACGGUGCAAGAGGCGGCCUCCAAUCUGCAGCACAAGUUCCAGACGCUGCUCGAGGAUGAUCGCGAACUGCAUGACAAGUCCUGCAAAGCCUUUGUGUCCUGGAUGAAGUUCUACUCGACGUUUCCCAAGGAGCUGAAGCCCAUCUUCAACGUGCGCAUCGCCCACAUGGGCCACUUCGCCAAGAGCUUCGCCCUCAAGGAGGCGCCCUCAAAGUUCGCCUCCAAGCACGCCGCCCCCAAGGCGGCCCCGCACACCAACCGACUGACCUACACGGAGAGAGAUCCCGAGAAGAUCCAGGCCCAGAAGCGGGCUAAGCGGCGAUUCACGACGACGGUCAGCGGGGAGGUGCGGCAGCUGCAGCAGCGGGACGGAGGAGCGCAGAAACCAGGAGCCCCACCAUCCAAGGGUGGCUUCAUGGGCGGCGGAGUGGGACGCAGCAGCUUCAUGAAGAGCCUCGGCAAAUCGAGGGCGCUGAAUAUGUCCGAGUUCGACAGUGGACUGCCACCGGAGGGAGCCGCCAAGCGACGCAAGCAGUCGUAGGAGAAGCCACUCGGAUGGGAGGAGAACGUAGAGCACUUGGAGGACUCGGAGGACUAGGUGGGGAAUUUCGACCAGCAGGCGGAGGAGGGGCAGUGCGGUCCGGAUGGAGUUCUGAGCACUUUGCGGCACUUUAUGCGCGCCAUUUUGCCUGUCCGCUGUGCCUGCUCAAGCAUUUAAUCGAAAAGAAAAUUGCUCCAUAUAUAUUAUAUAUAUGUAUAGUCGAGUAAAAAUCUAAGAAAUCCCAAGGAGAUGCGCUCAUAAAAGUUUCAUUUUUCUCAACUUUUAAGCCCGGACGUCCUGCGGGAAAAGUUGUGGCCGCCUGUCAGCAUAUUUUAAGCUUCCUUUCCAUUUUUUCCCACUGAUUUUCCGACAUUUUUUUUUUACUUUUUGUUUUUUUGAUUACUCGCCGUAAUAUGUUCGUUCAUUUUUUGUGUGGAAAAUAUUAGAAAUCCAUUUUCCGCUCACUGCAGAUUCAUUCAGUUUUGAAAAUGUCUCCAACGACGGCGGGGGGUCAGAGGUCGGCACGUGUUGCCUUUUUAUGCAACUGAAGCGCAUAAUUCGUUGGACAAGGAAUAAAUAAAUAUCGGAUACAUAUAAACACUGUA